CAUUUGAUUGUCAAUGUCAUUGAAAUUAGAUAUGAUCUAGAUUGUCACUCAAUCACGCUAAAAAAUUGUAUUUUUUUUAAAUUAUAAUCAGUGUCUCGAUUCCUUGUUAUUAUCACACUUAAGUGAUUGGCAUCUGAACCACUAAGUUAUAUUUAUUUUAAGCUUCCCUUAAAAUUGGUAAAAAUGUCCAACAUUAUGAAAGUGUUGUUUAUCACGACUUGUGUUUUAGCAUCAAGUUUCGCAUAUGAUAAGGAAAAAAUUGUGUCAGCAAGAAUAGAGACAUGUAGGGGUUGUUCUUUGAACCGGCUUCCUGAGGUGAAAAAAUUCGUCAUGGAAGACGCCCCCUUUUACGACCGCGUAGAAGUUAAAUUCAUCACUGGCGCUCCUCCUGAAGUUAUUCUCCUAGAUGCUGCCGAUCAAGAAUUGGAAAGAAUCGCUCUGUCAAACCUUAACCGGGAAGAAUGUAACAAAGUGUUAGGAGACAAUGGGUUUGCAAAGAAGGGAAAUAAAGAAGAAUUUUAAUGAAUUAUUGUAAAUAAGACAGUACCUUGUCAACAUUUAUAAAGAAAACUUAUAUUAUUAAAGUUAAGAAGAACAAUAUACUUAAUAUUCUGGUAAAAAUGAAUAUUAAUUAUUUGAACCAAGUAUGACAUUGUGUUUUGGUGUGUAGCAUAAUUCCUUAAGUAGUAUAUUUACUUAACUUUAAAUAAAAUUUAUUUCGUUCCUCAUUGAAUUUAAACUACUAUUGCAGCCAAUAAUUUUAUAACUAUUAAUAUAAUUAAAUAACAGACGUGGGAAUGUCGAUUACUUUUUUAUAUUAUAUUCCACUUUACUCCAAUAAUCGUGGAAAUCUCGAAAUUUACAUUCCAUAUUAAAUAAGAAUAAAUGAUAAAUAUUUGGUAUUCAUUGAUUAUAUAACUGGGAAAACAUAUUAUGUUUUUCUAUUAACAUAUGAUUUUGCUGUUAUUUAAAUAUUUUGUCUUCUACAAUAAAUUUUAAAAGUUUGUA